GGACAUUUGAAUAUUUAAAGAUUUUGACUUAGGCCGGGCGUGGUGGCCCAAGCCUGUAAUCCUAGCACUUUGGGAGUCCAGGGCGGGCAGAUCACAAGGUCAGGAGUUCGAGACCAGCCUGGCCAACAUAGUGAAACCCUGUCUCUACUAAAAAUACCAUAAUUAGCCGGGUAUGGUGGUGGGUGCCUGUAGUCCCAGCUACUCAGGAGGCUGAAACAGGAGAAUCACUUGAACCCCGGGAGGCGGAGGUUGCAGUGAGUUGAGACCGUGCCACUACACUCCAGCCUGUGUGACAGACCGAGACUCCAUCUCAAAAAAAGAAAAAACAAACAAACAAAAAAAAGGAUUUUGACUUUAAGAACAAUACUGCUGUGAACUUUUUUGUACUUGUUAAUGGUGCAUUUAUGCAAGCAUUUUUGAGAGGGUGUAUUUAAAGAUAUAGGUAUAUAUUGCUAGUGUGUAAAAUAAACUUUACGAGACAGUACUAGAUUAUUUUCCAGUGUAUUGUUCCUAUUUAUGUUCUCACCAGUAGUGCGUAGGAGUUCUUGCUGUUUCAGAUCCCCACCAGCAGUUGGCUAGGUAUUUAAUUUCUUAAUUUUUAACGAUUUGGUGUAUAGUAUAUUCUCUGGUCUUCCUUUGUCUUUCCCUGAUUAUUAAUGAGGUCUUACAUCUUUUUUUUCCCCCACAUUUAUGGCCAUGGAUGUUUCUCUUUCGUGAAAUUCGGUUAAAUGCCUAUUUGUGUUUUUUGCUUCAUAAAAAUGUGAGUUUAUUAUUUAACUGAUUUUGUAGUUUUGAAAAAUUGCUGGGGGCAGUGGCUUGCGUCUGUAAUCUCAGCUAUUUGGGAGGCUGAAGGAGGAGGAUUGCUUGUGGGGCUCAGGAGUUUGAGGCAGUGAGCUAUGAUCAUUCCAUUGCACUCUGGCUUGGUGACAGAGCAAGACGUCUGGGGAAAAAAAAAAGUGUGUGUUUUACGAUUACUGAUUGUCUUUUGGUUAUUUGUGUUGCUGGUGUCUUUUCCCAGUUUGUAGCUUGCCUUGUCACUUCUUUAUGCUGUCUUCUCUGUCUGUCUCCCUACCUCCCUCCCUCCCUCCAUCCAUCCCUCCCUCCUUCCCUUCCUACUUUACUUUAGAUUCAGGGUUACAUGUGCAGGUUUGUUACAUGGGUAUAUGGCAUGAAGCUGAGGUUUGCAGUACAAGUGAUCCUGUCAGCCAGAGAGUGAGCUCAGUACUCAACAAUUAGAUUUACAAUCCUUUCUCCCUCCCCCCGCCACUAGUUCCCAGUGCAUAUUGUUGCGGAUUAAUACAGAUUCUUAAUGUAUAGAGUUUUAAUGUGGCCACAGAUUCCCUUUGGAUCUUAGAUAAAAAUAAUUUAUAUGAUCCCAUUCUUUACACAUUCCAGAUUUUCCUUUGCUCUUCUGGACAUCUUCCAUGUUUAUUGCUGGAAGUCUUGAAGGCAAUCCCUAAUAACAGUUUUUAGCUUUUCAACUGUUGCUGUGAUAUGGUUUCUUAUAAAGAGAUUUUUGUAGUAGAAUUUAUCAGUAUUUUCUUUCAUGUUCAGUUUUCUUGUGUCUUAAUUUAAAAAUCCUUACAUACUCAAUAGUUCAUAAAGAUAUUAUAUUUUCUUCUGAAAUUUUAAAAAAUUUUGCUUUUUAUGUUUAUCAGAAAAUUACUUUUGUGUAUUGUAUUUAAUAGGGAUCUGGUUUUAUUUUUUUGCCCUUAUUAAGAUAGUCAAUUAAAUUGAAAUCUCUGUAGUGACUUUUUCAUAUUUCAGGUGUAUAUAUCAUAAGGUGAAGGCUGAAAAAACAAUCGUAACAAAAUGCAGAACAUAGUGGCAUAAACAGAAGGUUUUUUUUGUUUGUUUCUUUUUCUGUCAUAGCAAAAGUCCUGCUGGUAUAAGAAAGUGGUAUCAAUCUGCUCCAUAAGGUUAUUCACUGGGCCAAGUUUCUUUCACAUUGUUGCUUCACUAAUGCCUAGGCUUUUGUUCUUGGCUAUGUGGUCUGUUGAUGUGUGAUUGUGCUCUCCUUGUUUAAAAAAUGUUUUCCCUGUAGUUGUCUAUUUCGUUGUCUUUUUUAAAAAAAGUCAGCUUUUGAUUUUACUGAUCCUCUUCAUUGUACCAUUGUGUUCUCUAUUGGUUGCGUGAGUCAGGGCUUUUGCAAGCCUUCAAUAGGUAGGUGGUAUUCAGUCCACCUCUUCAUCAUCUCGGUGGCAUCUCUGUUUAAGGAGACCAGGAAUACUCACCUGGGUACGUACCUUUCUUCCUCUCUGAUAAUCUGCUUUUCCUCAGGAACUUAAUAUUUCUGUCCUUGCCCUGUGUCUUUCUGUCAUGUUUCCCUAGGCUGACAUCUCCAGAGGAGAAAAUGUUUGGUUAGUUCUCAGUCCCAAACCAUAGCAGGGCCCAGAGACUCUUGUCACCCUCAGCCUUCAGUCCUUGGUUGCCUUCUUGGCAGACCUGGCAGCUCUUCCACCUGAAAGUGAUACAUGGUAUUAAUAGUUGGACUAGACUAUUAUGAUAAACAGAGUAUCUAAUAACCAUGAGAAUAAAAAACAAGAAAUUUCUAACAAUGAAAUGAGCGCCAGAUGGCCUUUAAUCUGUACUUACUGUUGCACAUUUUUUUUUUAAGUGGUUUCUUUCUCUGACGUGUAGGGUGUAUCUUCCUAUUUCUGCAUUUUCUUGUUUCUGUGGAAUGUUAGUUUCUCUUGAAAUGGUCAUUGAUAUUACUCAGGAAGAAAAGUUUCUGUGGUCAGAUUUAAUAAGAGAUAUCUAUGCUAGUCUUAACAUUUAAUUUCUUUUAGUUGAAUCUAAAAUUGAUAUCAUUCUUAGAUGAAUUAAAAAUUUUUUAAAGAGCACGUAUUCUUUAGUAAGUAUUUUGAUUCUAAGUACCACUAAUUUGAUUUGUUUCAACAGUCAUUAAUGUGGGGCAGUCAUCAAUCACUACCAUUGAUCAUUUAUUUCAUAUGCAUUGUAAGUUAAAUGACCAGGCUGAAAUAAUUCAGGUGAAAUUAUUCUGUCAGUUAAUGUGGUAAUGUUAACAUUUAUCAGUAGUGCUGAAUCACUUCUUUUGGUCAUAAUAGUGGUAAGCUUUUUGCUCAGUGCAAAGACAGGCAUAAUUGCUUUUUUUAAAAAAAAAUGUAAGUUGUAAAAAUACUCCAGUAAUUUUUGUAAAAUCUCAAAAUUGCAAAUAAUUUGACAUUAUUCUCAGUAAUGAAGGCUGUUAAAUCUGCUCUCUUAACAGCAGGUAUGAAAUCGUUUGAGGAAGAAAAAGUUCAUAAAUACAAACUUAAAAAAAAUGGAAAGACUUUUCUAUGCAAAAAGAUGCAUUGCAGGAAGGAGGAAGAGUGUCCUUCAUAGCACACCACACGUCAGUAUUAGAGGCUUGCUUCUCUACUUGAGUAGACCCAAGAUUCCCCAACUAUCGUCUUCCAAAAUUACCUGUGAUCCACUGCAAUCACAAGUUUUACAGUGGAAUACUCUAGGUGUAUGGAAGGAUUUGAAUUCACAAAUAGUCAAACAUCAAAAGAAUAAGCUGAUAAUAAUACAUUUGAAAAGAGGUCAGGUAUAUUUUUGAAAACUAGGAGAGUUAAAGUGUUUUUGCGAACUUGGAAACAAAGCAUUAACAAUAUUUUACUUGAUUAGGAAUUUUGUUCAGGUGAGUAUAACUUUAAGCAUCACUUAAGUUUUGUUGUUUGUUACUUUUAGAAUAUCUGAUCUGGACUUCCAUGGAUUUAUGGAAGGGCUGGAUUUAUUUCUCUAUCCUGUGGUGAGGGGCCAACUUUGAUUUUGUAUGCGGAGUAACUUGACCUUCAGUUUCUUUGGUCUGAGAACAAAGGCCAAAAAAUAUGUAACAGUUAAUAAUAACAGAGGAUCUGACGAACUACUCUCAGGCAGUGUUCUCAGUAGUCCAAACUCUAAUAUGAGCAGCAUGGUAGUUACAGCCAAUGGUAAUGAUAGUAAAAAAUUUAAAGGAGAAGAUAAAAUGGAUGGUGCUCCUUCUCGUGUACUUCAUAUUCGAAAAUUACCUGGGGAAGUAACAGAAACUGAAGUUAUUGCUUUAGGCUUACCUUUUGGUAAGGUGACCAACAUCCUUAUGCUGAAAGGAAAAAAUCAGGCAUUUUUGGAAUUAGCAACCGAGGAAGCAGCUAUUACUAUGGUUAAUUACUAUUCUGCUGUGACACCUCAUCUUCGUAACCAACCAAUAUAUAUCCAGUACUCGAAUCACAAAGAACUAAAGACAGAUAAUACAUUAAACCAACGUGCUCAAGCAGUUCUUCAAGCUGUGACAGCUGUCCAGACAGCAAAUACUCCUCUUAGUGGCACCACAGUUAGCGAGAGUGCAGUGACUCCAGCCCAGAGUCCAGUACUUAGAAUAAUUAUUGACAACAUGUACUACCCUGUAACACUUGAUGUUCUUCACCAAAUAUUUUCUAAGUUUGGUGCUGUAUUGAAGAUAAUCACAUUUACAAAAAAUAACCAGUUUCAAGCUUUGCUCCAGUAUGGUGAUCCAGUAAAUGCCCAACAAGCAAAACUAGCCCUAGAUGGUCAGAAUAUUUAUAAUGCCUGCUGUACCCUAAGGAUUGAUUUUUCCAAACUUGUGAAUUUGAAUGUAAAAUACAACAACGAUAAAAGUAGGGAUUAUACUCGACCUGAUCUUCCAUCUGGGGAUGGACAACCUGCAUUGGACCCAGCUAUUGCUGCAGCAUUUGCCAAGGAGACAUCCCUCUUAGGGCUUCCUGUUGCAGCUGUUCCAGGAGCUCUGAGUCCUUUGGCUAUUCCAAAUGCUGCUGCAGCAGCUGCUGCAGCUGCUGCUGGCCGAGUGGGUAUGCCUGGAGUCUCAGCUGGUGGCAAUACAGUCCUGUUGGUUAGCAAUUUAAAUGAAGAGAUGGUUACGCCCCAAAGUCUGUUUACCCUCUUCGGUGUUUAUGGAGAUGUGCAGCGUGUGAAGAUUUUGUACAAUAAGAAAGACAGCGCUCUAAUACAGAUGGCUGAUGGAAACCAAUCACAACUUGCCAUGAAUCAUCUUAAUGGACAGAAAAUGUAUGGAAAAAUUAUUCGCGUUACUCUGUCUAAACAUCAGACUGUACAGCUACCUCGAGAGGGACUUGAUGAUCAAGGGCUAACAAAAGAUUUUGGUAAUUCCCCAUUGCAUCGUUUUAAGAAACCUGGAUCCAAAAAUUUUCAAAACAUUUUUCCUCCUUCUGCCACCCUUCACCUAUCUAAUAUCCCUCCAUCAGUAGCAGAAGAGGAUCUACGAACACUGUUCGCUAACACUGGGGGCACUGUGAAAGCAUUUAAGUUUUUUCAAAGAGAUCACAAAAUGGCUCUUCUUCAGAUGGCAACAGUGGAAGAGGCUAUUCAGGCCUUGAUUGAUCUUCAUAAUUAUAACCUUGGAGAAAACCAUCAUCUGAGAGUGUCUUUCUCCAAGUCAACAAUUUAAAAACGGGAAGAUGAAGAUUGGGGGUGAAUCACAUUGUUCAAUGUCAUCACCUAUUUGACUGUUCAGAAAAGUGGGGACCAGAGUUUGAUUUUUUUUGUUUUUGUUUUUUUGGGGUUUCUUUUUUUUUUUUCCAUGCUGUUAUCAUUCCUUGGUUAUAAAAUGAAAUGGCAUAUGUAAAGGCAGAGUUGUUAACUGCUAUAUUUCAUCUGUUCUAUAGGGAAGCCAUUUUGUCUGUUUAAAAUUUCAGUUUAAUUUUGCUUUUUUUUCUCUUUCAACUUAGUUGACAUACGUGCCUUAAAAAGGAAAACUAGUGUUGCUAUUGUGCAUUUACUAGAAAAAAGGAAUUGGUUGUUUAGGGCACACUGUUAUAUGGGAAUUAAAAUAUGUUUAGGCAGGGGUGUGUAAAAAGGUUAAGUUUUUGUUUCUCCUGCUUGGAACUUAUUUUGAAUUACUGGCUUGUCACCUUUUUUUCUAUUUAAUCAAAUAAGAUACAUGAUAUUGAAAGAAUAAAGCAGCAUUUUUAGUUUUUACUACCUUAGGCUUUAUUGCUUUGAAAACGACAUUGGCCUUUUGUAUCUCACAAUUCUGGUCUAGAUUCAGUUAUGAAUGUAGGCAUUAGUUAAAAUUAACAAGAUGCAGAGUAUUAAUUUCUUAAGACAACAAAGUGAUUUCUGUAAGUUUGAGCCCUAUGUGGAAAGCAUUGUGGAAUCUUAACCUUUUUGUACACACUCUUGUGGGACGUAUCAUAUAAAUGUCAGCACUAAGUAAUGUCUUGUUUGUGGCUGAAUAUUUUUCGUAGAUGUUUUUGAAGUUGACAUGACUUACGUGCAUUUAAAUAUAUAUUGCCAUCCUUAGUUUGUAAUUAAGAUUUGGAAUAUGGUUGUGGAUUUCUGAGCAUGUGCAGACUGGUCUAGCUAGUUCAGGAACUGGUGCAUGUAUUUUUCAAAGAUAAAGAAAGUGUACUGCGAAAAUAUGCAGGAAGAUUAAAUUUGUGGCAGUUUUCUAAAACUGACAACCAGGUGGGACCAAAGUUUAUGUGCCUUUAGUCUUAAUUUACCUUGCAUUGUAAUAUUCAGUUUUAAUAAAUCUUCAAAAUAUUUUGUAUUUAGGAAUAGAUCUGACUUUAAUAAAAACAUGGCUCAGAAUCUACAGGUCAAAUUAAUUUGAACAGUUCUUGUCAAUCUGAAUUGUUGAUUCUGUUUAAAUGACCAAUACUUUUUGAAAUUGAUGUACUUAGUUUCAAGAUUCAUAGAUUCUGUUAUCUAUGUAGACAGAAUGGUCAUGUAUAUUUUCUAUUAGUUGAGUUUUUACAUCUUUAGAAAUGUAAAAUUCAGUAUAGUUUGAAAGCGGCACAAUUAAAAAUUAAUUUUCUAACAAAGUUGGGAGGUUUGAUGGUUGUUUAAUUUCAUUUUGUGUGUACUCUGCUUACCUCUGUAGCAUGCUCAAUAAACACUUCUGUAGCUCUA